GCUGCCACAACACCCUGGCUGUGUUUUCAGUGUUGAUGACGAAUUUCAGCGCUAUGAAGAAUUGAGCUUUCAUGGAGAUAUUUCAGUUCUGUUGGUCAAAUGCAGUGAAGUUAUUCUGACCGAUUUCCAAAUGGACUGAAACCAAGAAAGUAGAUACUUGACAGGACACAUAAGCUGUUCUGGACACAGUGGCCAAGACAUGCAAAACCGUCAAGAAGAGAAGGAGGCCAUUCAGAAGCGAACUUUCACCCGAUGGAUUAACAUUCACUUGAAAAGGUGUGAGCCACCAAUGGAGGUCUGUGACCUUUUCUCUGAUGUUCAAGAUGGCCGUAUGCUCAUGGCUCUUCUGGAGGAGCUGUCUGGCUGCAAAAUGCUCUACAGAUUCAGACCCCCUACACAUCGCAUUUUUAGACUGAACAACAUCACCAAGGUUCUUAACUUCCUUGAGGACAGAAAUGUGAAAUGUAAAAGCAUCGAUGCCUCAGACGUUGCUGAUGGUAUUCCCUCUGCUGUCCUUGGCCUAAUCUGGACCAUCAUAGUCCUUUUUCAUAUUAAAAAGUCUACAAGGAACAUUAGACAUAUCUUGUCCACAAACAGUGGCAAAUCUAUACAUGCCAGCAGAGAUACCACAUCUAUCUGUACCUCUGCCACGAGUAAUAAAUGGGAAUCAAACACCUUUCCUUCAAGGAAGAGAAAUUCAUCUCACACAUCCAAGUAUCGUGGCACAGCCAUCAAAACUCUUCUGCGAUGGGUCCAAAUAUGCACAUCCAAGUAUGAUGUUGAGGUGCGGGAUUUUGGCAGGAGCUGGAGGAGUGGGUUGGCUUUCCUAGCACUCAUCAAGUCCAUCAAUCCAGCUCUCGUGGACACAAGAACAGCACUGACCAAAUUGCCACAGGAAAAUGUGGCAGAAGCCUUCCGAGUUGCACAUAAUGUCCUGGGUAUUCCUCAGCUUUUAGACCUUGAAGAUGCAACAAUCCGGACACCAGAUGAACAGUCCAUCAUCACCUAUGUGACCCAGUUCUUGGUGUACACACAAAAUCUUGAUAAGGUAAAUGGUUCAGAACUAUACACAGGGAGUUAUGACACAAACACCUACUUACCUGAUGGUUUGAGCUCCCCUUCAUCAGCCCAUGAAAAACAUCCAAGCAUUACAGAACCAGCAUUAUAUGCCUCAGAGGAGGGUAUUUGUUCUCCUGUUGGGACAGGCUCCACUGAAGGGCAGAGCUCUGGGAACUCAUUUCCUGUGAAAGGCACAAGGGGGCAAGCUUGCGCUGAAUUGUCUGUGGAUGUUGAGAUGCUGUCCUUAAGCUCAGAGGAGGGAGUGUACAUGCUCUCAGCUCUGGAUUCUGACGAGGAGGAAGCAUUCCAAUACAUCCUUGCACUCGACGAGGAGGGCAAUGAUCACCCCAGACCAGACUCAGGGUUUCAGCCAGUAAUUGUUCUGAACGAACACCAUUCAAUGCUUAGCAUCUCUCAGUGCAGAGAAGAGGUUGUCUCAAAAAAUAGGAAUGGGUGUAUUUCUGGAUUUGAACAGAUUGCAUUGGCAGAGUCAAUUGCAGUUGGUGAAAAUCAGCAUGCUUGCAAUGAUCAUAAUGGGUAUGUGUCAACACUUCCAGUGGAGGACGUAUGUGGUCAAAUAGUCCCUUUUGAGCUGAUCACGAGUGGAGAGAAUAACUCAGGGACUGACAGAGCAGGAUGUGCAAAAGAAAACCGUCAUUCAGCAGUGAAGACAUCACAUCAGAGAGAGGAUCCACCGUCUAGGAAAGCAAACAGUGAAAUAAAAGAGAGGUUCUGUGCCAAGCUGGAACCACAUGAUCCCAGUGAUGACACGCUUAGUACUGAGGAUCUACAUCACAAUGAUGUUACCAAUGGCAAACACAUAGUUGAGGAUGAUCAACACGUGGAAUGGGCAGAAUCCCACCAAAUGGACAGUUGUACACUUUGUCAUAAUAUUAAAAGAGAUACUGACCAGACGUCACAAAUACAGGCGGAAUGUUUAUCACAGGAAGAGGUUGAGGUUGUGAGAGAAAAGGAAAUGUGUGACACACAGGGUGUGAGUGGCCAACUUCUGGAGAGGGAACCUAGGAUGGACCAUAGGGUUGAAAGAGUGGACGAUCUGGAGAGGGGACCUAGGAUGGACCAUAGGGUUGAAAGAGUGGACGAUCUGGAGAGGGGACCUAGGAUGGACCAUAGGGUUGAAAGAGUGGACGAUCUGGAUGACAGGGACGAAUGCCACCUUUUGUCCAAUGAGGACAUCACUGAACUGAAUACAGAUUCAACAAGGGAAGGGGUGUUGUUUUCAGGAACUGUGGUGACCUAUUGUGAUGUUGACGCAGAAGAGUUCCAUCUGCUCAAAUGGCUUUGGAUUCUCACAUACUGCCUCUUCAUCAUACCUCAACUAGACAUCUGUCAGUAUUUAAAUGACCUCCUAAAAUAAGAACCAUCUCAGUCUUUAAGUAGCUAAAGCAAAGUCCUUUCAGGCCAUAUUGCAAUGCAUUUUGGGUACUUAUCUGGCAUCUAUUUUUCGAGCAGAACAGUGCGUCCGCAAGUCUUCACAACACCAACCUCGAUCCAGCGGCGAGAUCACAACACAUGAUUGGUACAAUGUAUUCAUAACACAUCAACUGAUUGGCGCGAUGUAUUCACAUGUUGAUUUUUGGCCGCAGAAGGGGCGGGAAAUGUGUAGACAUUUGCCAUAUUGGUGAUACGACCUAAACCCAUGCCUUUCUAUGGAGCAUUUUUUGAGUGCUGUGUCUGCUCAUUAAAAAGUCUCAUGUCUAAAGUGUGUGUUAAAGUGCUGUUAUUAAUGGGGGCCGGUGCAAUGUUCUCACACACUCAUUCAUGUGUGUACUA